AUGUCGCCGGAGUCCGCCGGAGACACUCGCACAGGGGAUCAAAAAGGCUUGAUAGGGGUUGUGCGGAGAUGUGUGCCGAUCUUGGUUGAUUACUGGCGCCGUGCUGUGCAGCUUGCGGGAUCGUCGCGAAUGACCUGGGAUCUAGUGAGUAAGUUGGGUGUUUCCGUGCUUUCACUUCUCAGGCUGGACAUGGGCAGGUGUGAGUUUGCACGAAGAUUCCUGGCCGACAUCCUCGCGCUCAUUCUGAGGUCCAUGUUCGGAAGGGUCCACAAGGAAACGCUCCCUUCCGUCUGCCAUGGUGAGCCGGUAUGGCGGGUGCUAGGCGGAAAGCAUGCGAGCAAUGAGUGCGAGGGAGAUGAGCCUUCGUUGCUGGGGCUCAGAAUGAACCCGGGAUGCCUCCGGGCCACUGUCGGCGUAGAUGGCAGGGCAUCCUUACAGCGCAGCUCCGGAGUGGGAGGCCCAGGUUCCGGCUCUCCAUUUUGCAACGCCCUGUGCGACAAGACCGACGUGCGGCACAAAGGCCACGCGGAAUGCCCGGACCUGUCAGAGGAAGACUGCCGAUCCAUGCAGUACUAUGCCACUGGCCUCUAUGGGGAGAAGCGGCUUUGCCUUUGGCAGCCCCGGUGGCGGUGUACAGAGGACUGGACCACCGCCUGCCUCUCCGACUUGCCCUGUGCGAGUCCAGGCUUGCAGAGGGAGCUGGCCACCUGUGAGGCUCUCUGCUUCAAAACGGAUGUGAAGAGCUUCGACUCGUCUUGCUCGAGCCUGUCGCCCCCCGAGUGCGAGAGCACGCAGUUUUACGAGACGGACACAAAUGGCACUCGCAAGCCGUGCGUUGUCCAAAGCUCCGGAGGUUGUGGCACGUCGCUGCAGGAACACUGCGAUGCCUCGCAGCUCACUUGCCCUGCCAGCGCUGAUUCCGUAGAUUCAGUGGAUGAUCCGAGUGAUGUCAGGAACAGCCCGAGCAACCCGGCCUCAUUGUGCCGAUCGCUCUGCUAUAAAACGAAUGUCGCCGUCACGAACCUGUCCUGUCGAAGUCUGAGCUUGAGCCAUUGCUCCAGUGCCCAGUUCUUCGAAACUGACCACGAUGGGGUUCGGAGACCAUGCGUGCCUCAAAAGGGCCAGUGCGAAAUGGACUCCAUCAACUCGUGCCCUGCUUGGCAGCCACUCUGUGCAGAGACUUGGCACGGUCAAGAAGUUCCAAUCCUGCCAAUGACGUUUCUGCCCAGCUCGGCCCCUAGCCAAGCUACCACAAGCCCGAUGAAAACGACUACAGUGGCGAACUCAACGAAGCAUUCAGCUACCACAAGCCCAGCGGAAAGCACCACCCUGGCGAGCUCAACAAAGCCAAGUGAGCCAAGCUCAAGUCAGAGCCCCAAAAAGGGAAACGUGACGGUCCAGGCGAGUGGAAGGCACGCCGGUGUGGGCGACGCCCCACCCUUCUGCUUCACACUUUGUCAGAAGACGGACGUCCGCAGCGUGAAUUCCUCGUGUGCUGCCCUCACACCUGCCUCCUGCGAAUCCGCGCAGUUCUUUGAGACCGACGGGGACGGGAAGCGCCGGUUGUGCAGGCUACACCUGGGUCAUUGCAGAGUCGACCGAUCUGCAGUGUGUGACGAGUGGUGGCCUCUUUGCGAGAUAUCGCACCACGAUGCCGGCGUCAAGCCACACUACGAUGAUCCAAGGCCUUCCCACCAAGCUGGGGUCUCCGGCUGCUUCUUGUACUGCGACAAGAUCAACACCAGGAGCCGGAACCAGUCCUGCCGGGAGCUCACCCACGCAGAGUGUCACAGUGAGGUGUUUUACGAGACGGACCGCGAUGGCAACCGCAUGAUGUGUCAGCCGGUCAGUGCAGGCUGCGCUGCGAGUACGAAAACACUCUGCGAGGCCUCGCGCCCGAUCUGCGGCGUGGUCCCGCGCAGCUCCCGGACUCCCGCCUCCGGGCAGCCCGCGCGCGGCCAGGCCGCGCCCGCUCCCGACACGCGGCUGGUGCGGUCCUCGAAGGGUCCAGACUCUUCGCCCUCCCAGUCCUCGGCAGCCUCACAGUCGCCCCCAGUGAGCGAGGGCCCGGCCAUUGUCGCGGCGAUGCGCGGGGAAGCGGCCGGUGCAACACUCGCCGGGUCCAUAGCCGCCCUUGUGGUCGCGAUGAGCUGA